AUGGCUGGAAAGAAGGUUGCUGGUGUUUUAGGUGCUACUGGUUCCGUUGGUCAACGUUUCAUUCUUUUGUUGGCCGAUCACCCUCAUUUCGAACUGAAAGUUCUUGGGGCCUCUUCUAGAUCAGCAGGUAAGAAAUACGUUGAUGCUGUGAACUGGAAGCAAACCGAUUUGCUUCCAGAAUCCGCUACCGACAUCGUUGUUUCCGAAUGUAAAUCUGAAUUCUUCAAAGAAUGUGACAUAGUCUUUUCGGGAUUGGACGCUGACUAUGCUGGUGCCAUUGAAAAGGAAUUCAUGGAAGCCGGCAUCGCCAUUGUCUCCAAUGCCAAAAAUUACAGAAGGGAACAAGAUGUACCAUUGAUCGUUCCUGUAGUCAACCCUGAGCAUUUAGAUAUUGUGGCUCAGAAGCUAGAAACCGCCAAGGUUCAAGGCAAGCCAAGACCAGGUUUCAUCAUCUGUAUUUCCAAUUGUUCCACUGCAGGCUUAGUUGCGCCAUUGAAGCCUUUAAUUGAAAAAUUCGGUCCUAUUGACGCCUUGACUACCACUACUUUGCAAGCAAUCUCAGGUGCAGGUUUCUCUCCAGGUGUGCCAGGUAUUGAUAUCCUAGACAAUAUCAUUCCAUACAUUGGUGGUGAAGAAGACAAGAUGGAAUGGGAAACCAAGAAAAUCUUGGCCCCAUUGGCAGAAGACAAAACUCACGUCAAAUUAUUGACUCCAGAAGAAAUCAAAGUCUCUGCUCAAUGUAACAGAGUCGCUGUCUCUGACGGCCACACCGAAUGUAUCUCUUUGAGAUUCAAGAAUAGACCUGCUCCAUCAGUCGAACAAGUCAAGACAUGUCUGAAAGAAUACGUCUGUGACGCUUACAAAUUGGGCUGCCAUUCUGCUCCAAAACAAACUAUUCAUGUUUUGGAACAACCUGAUAGACCUCAACCAAGAUUGGACAGAAACAGAGACAGCGGUUACGGUGUCUCUGUUGGUAGAAUCAGAGAAGACCCAUUGUUGGACUUCAAAAUGGUUGUACUUUCCCACAACACCAUUAUUGGUGCCGCUGGUUCUGGUGUCUUGAUUGCCGAAAUUUUGCUAGCAAGAAACUUGAUUUAA